AUGUCGUACAGUGGCGGCUACCGUGGUGACUCCUACCGAAGCUAUAGGGGCGGUUACUCGAACGGCGGUUCGAACGGUUACUCUAACGGCGGCGGCAGUUACGGAGGUGGCUAUGGCGGAGGCUACGGAGGAGGUGGUGGUUACGGCGGUGGUGGAUACGGUGGAAGAGGCGGCGGCGGCGGUGCUGGUGGUGACCGCAUGUCCAACCUUGGCUCCGGCCUUAAGAAGCAAGAUUGGGACCUGGACACGCUCCCCAAGUUUGAAAAGGCUUUCUACAAGGAGCACCCCGACGUCACCAACCGCUCCCAGCAAGAAGUCGAUGACUUCCGCAAGAAGCACGAGAUGGCCGUCCAGGGCAGGAACAUUCCUCGCCCCGUUGAGACUUUCGAUGAGGCUGGCUUCCCUCAAUAUGUUUUGACCGAAGUCAAGGCUCAGGGAUUUGACCGCCCCACUUCUAUUCAGUCCCAAGGCUGGCCCAUGGCUCUCUCCGGUCGCGACGUUGUGGGUAUCGCUGAAACCGGUUCUGGAAAGACACUGAGUUACUGUCUUCCGGCUAUCGUUCACAUCAACGCUCAGCCUCUGCUUGCUCCCGGUGACGGUCCUAUUGUUCUUGUCCUUGCUCCCACCCGUGAACUUGCGGUUCAGAUUCAAGCCGAAAUCACCAAGUUCGGAAAAUCAUCGCGUAUCCGCAACACCUGUAUCUACGGUGGUGUUCCCAAAGGUCCUCAGAUCCGUGACUUGAGCCGUGGUGUUGAAGUUUGUAUUGCGACCCCCGGUCGUCUGAUCGACAUGCUGGAAGCCGGCCGAACCAACCUCCGCCGUGUCACAUACCUUGUCCUCGAUGAGGCUGAUCGCAUGCUGGACAUGGGUUUCGAGCCUCAGAUCCGCAAGAUCAUCUCCCAAAUCCGUCCCGACAGACAGACUUGCAUGUGGUCUGCUACUUGGCCCAAGGAGGUCCGCCAGCUUGCCUCGGACUUCCUGAACGACUACAUUCAGGUUAACGUCGGUUCGAUGGACCUUUCUGCUAACCACAGAAUUACUCAAAUCGUUGAGGUCGUUUCGGACUUUGAGAAGCGUGACAGAAUGGUUAAGCACCUUGAGAAGAUUAUGGAAACUCGCACCAACAAGGUCCUCCUCUUCACAGCAACCAAGCGUGUUGCAGACGAGAUUACUCGCUUCCUCCGUCAGGAUGGAUGGCCUGCACUCUCCAUUCACGGUGACAAGCAGCAGCAAGAAAGAGAUUGGGUUUUGAACGAGUUCAAGGCGGGCAAGAGCCCGAUCAUGGUGGCUACUGAUGUGGCUUCCCGUGGUAUUGAUGUUCGCGACAUCACUCAUGUCCUGAACUAUGACUAUCCCAACAACUCCGAAGACUACAUCCACCGUAUCGGUAGAACCGGUCGUGCUGGUGCCAAGGGAACUGCCAUUACCUUCUUCACCACUGACAACUCUAAGCAGGCUCGCGACUUGGUCAAAAUCCUUACUGAGGCUAAACAGCAGAUUGAUCCCCGUCUCGCUGAGAUGGUUCGCUACAGUGGCGGCGGCGGUGGCUAUGGCGGUGGUUACGGCGGCCGUUGGGGUGGCCGCGGUGGUGGUCGCGGCCGUGGUGGUGGCGGUCGUGGUGGUGGUUUCACUGCUUCCAACGCUGCGCCUCUUGGCAACCGUCGUUGGUAA